CCUCUCUUGGCCAGAAGGGGCAGGAGGAGAGGAGGGCCACGGGGAAAGGGAAGAGUUGGAGGAAGCACUGCUAACUCCGACCGAAGGUUUUGGAGAGGCCACCGGUGUGUCCGCUUCUACCGGGGCCAACUGGUGCUCCGCACUCAGCCAUGGCCCGGGGGCGGGGCUCGGCACUCUGUAGAGCUCAGAAGCAGUGCUCAGCGCCCAGGAGUUGUCAGCUCUGACCCAGCCUCUCAGGGACAUUACCCGCAGCCUCAUCUCUCUCCUCACCGGGCUUGGAAUCCGCCACAGGUGCCACAGAAAGGUUGCGGGAGCCCUUUGUGCUUGGGGAGACCUGGGGCCAUCAGUUGACACAGUAGGAUGCCCCCGUGUCCUCCUCAGCAGAACAGGAACAGGUUAUCACUGCUGCCUAUUGGGGACCUUGGAGAGAUGGAACUGACUUGGCAAGAGAUCAUGUCCAUUACUGAGCUGCAGGGUCUAAAUGUUCCAAGUGAGCCAUCUUUUGAGCCUCAAACACCCACCCCAUACCCAGGGCCACUGCCACCUCCAACAUACUGCCCCUGUUCAAUUCACCCAGAUGCAGGCUUCUCCCUUCCCCCACCAUCUUAUGAGCUCCCAGCAUCAACUCCCCAUAUCUCAGACCUCCCAUACUCCUAUGGCAACAUAGCUAUACCGGUGUCAAAGCCACUUACCCUUUCAGGCCUCCUCAACGAGCCCCUACCAGACCCCUUAGCUCUCCUGGACAUUGGGCUGCCAGUGGGGCAACCCAAGCCCCAAGAAGACCCAGAAUCUGACUCGGGAUUAUCCCUCAACUACAGUGAUGCAGAAUCUCUUGAGCUAGAGGGUGCAGAGGUUGGCAGGCGGAGGAGCGAGUAUGUGGACAUGUACCCGGUGGAGUACCCUUACUCACUUAUGCCCAACUCUUUGGCCCAUGCCAACUAUACUCUUCCACCCAUUGAGACACCCUUGGCCCUAGAGUCAUCGUCCGGUCCAGUGCGGGCUAAGCCUGCUGUCCGUGGGGAGGCAGGGAGUCGGGACGAGCGGCGGGCCCUGGCUAUGAAGAUUCCUUUCCCUACGGACAAGAUAGUUAACUUGCCAGUAGAUGACUUUAAUGAGUUGUUGGCACAGUAUCCACUAACAGAGAGCCAGCUGGCUCUAGUUCGGGACAUCCGUCGACGGGGCAAGAACAAGGUGGCAGCCCAGAACUGUCGCAAGAGAAAACUGGAAACCAUUGUGCAGUUGGAACGGGAGCUGGAGCGGCUGGGCAAUGAGAGGGAGAGGCUUCUCAGAGCCCGAGGGGAGGCUGACCGCACUCUAGAGGUCAUGCGCCAACAGCUGGCAGAGCUAUACCAUGAUAUUUUUCAGCAUCUUCGGGAUGAAUCUGGCAACAGUUACUCACCAGAGGAAUAUGUACUGCAACAGGCUGCUGAUGGGGCCAUCUUUCUGGUACCCCGUGGGACCAAAAUGGAGGCCACAGAUUGAGCUGGCCUAGAAGGGGUGGACACUGGUGCUAAGGACUUCCCUCUUCCCUUCAGAUAAAGGCACUUCCCACUGCCAGAACAAGGUUCUGAGUUCUCCAGACCAAGAGGGCAGAUACAACCUUAGCAUUUAUAAGUUCCAAGGUGUAUUUGAUGUUUGCUUGGAGGCCAGUUGUUGGCUUCUCAGGUCUCCACCUCUACCUCUUGUCCAAGCUUUGGUCCAUAAAGAGCUGUGUGGAAAUAGCUUUCCAUUGUGUCUUUUUUUUUUUUAUUUGAGACAGGGUUUUCUGUGUAGUCCUGGCUGUCCUGGAACUCACUCUGUAGAUCAGGCUGACCUUGGCUUCAGAAGUCCGUCUCCCAAGUGCUGGGAUUAAAGGAGUGUGUCCCCCCUUGCCCAACCCCAUUAUGUCUUCUCUGAGGGUCAAGAAGCCAAUUUUGUCUCAGAAAUCAGUUUAUUGGAGGAAAGGAAAUCCUAAACUCAAAAAGACACACAAAAAAGAGCAAGGUGAUAAUCUACCUGCCUUCACAGUUGCUUCCAAAGUUAGGAGCCUUGGUGCUCCCCUACCUCCCGUUCAUAAAUGCCAAGAGCUGCCAAAAUCCUCAAAGGAAGGUCUCAGGAGCAUACAGGAACACCUGAUGCUAUCUUAUCUAAUCUUGGGGCUGGGGGGAUGCAAUCACUUCUACUCUUUUCAAAAAAAUCUAGGUGAACACCUUCAAAUCCAGCUAAGAUAGGUCAGCAAGGUUACACUGUGAAACCUUCUCUUUAAAAGCCAAGAAAUAAUUCUCCAGGUGUAAGCUGCACAGAAUCUACCCCUUAACUCCAAAGAGAUUAGAUGCUUGGUUUUCCAAGUGCUGGGACAGGAGGCAUUUGCAUGGCCAGGCUAAUGCAGGUUCCAAUCUGAGUUAGGAGUGAAAGCAACUCAAUGUUGCUAUAAACGCCACAAGAUAAACAGAAGUUAAUUAUAAAGUUUAUUUUUUAAAAAAGUAAGCCAUUCAUAAAAUUGAAUGACUUUUAGCAGUAUAGCUAAAAUCCAACUGCACGGCAGUGAGUGAAGUACAGUGGCCAGAAUAAAGGCUGUUCUCUUAAGGAUGUCCCUGUAAAAGAAAAGAAAAAGUUAUGCAGCUUUACAUAGGCAGUGGUGGAGCCUAUCUAGACUCCUGGUAAUAUCUUCUGGUUGGUAUGUAUAGCUAGCUUACCAGUCACAAAACUCACCUUUUAGCCAACAACUUCUGUAGAAUUUUUUUAAACAAAUUUUAUGAUAGCAGUUAAGCCUCAUAGCAGAUUCCUUCCUAGAAAAGCAAACAACAUUUAGAACUAACCUUUUGUGAUGCCAAUUCCCAUCAUUAAACUAGUCCCACCCCCUCCCAUUAGCAAUCCACCCAUCCUCCCACCAUUUUGGGGAAAUGUGUAUCUAAUAUUACUUUGAGCCAUUGCUUUAAGAAAAUGGGUCAAAGGAAAGUUAAAUAAUAAAAUUAAAGGGCCAAAACAUAUUGUCACAAAUAGAAAUGUAUCCACUUCCUUCAAGUAGGAUUAAUAGAGCAUUAAUUAAAUUUUAAAACAAUUCAUCUCCAGAAAAACCAAGUGCAGCUUAACUGGACUAGUUUUGGCUCAAUAUAAUUAAGAGAAAUCCAACAGAAAAUUGGAAUUUACAACUAUAUGGAUGUAAGUAAAAUCUGUUCUUACCUAGCAGCAUAGCAAUAAACCUUUCCUUCUGGCUCUGCCUGCUAGUCCUAAGAGUCAGGUGUGCCUUACUCUCGUCUGCCUCCUUCCUUGCGAUGGUCACUCAAACUUCACUCCCUCCUAGCUUUCAUGGAGGUGCCGUGGCCUGCCCCUGGCUUAUCUGUACUCCACAUACCACAAGUGUCUACUCUCAGCUGUAGAGAUUCUGAGCUGGAAGCCAUUCGCGCUAUACUUGCUAGCAGUUCCUAGUAGCUGAACAUCUCUUGGAUCUUUAAAGGCAUUGUCCCGAUUCCUGAGGUAUCUGCAAACUCCCUCAAUAGUUAAGGUUCCACCUGCUAUUGCAAACUCAGCCAAUAUCAUGGAACUACCAUCCAUGCUUCCCCCACCCCCACCUCCCCCUCCCCAUUCCCCCCCCCAAACUUCCAAACAAUAUAUAUAUACACCCAUGAGUUGCAAUACAUAGUCCUGUGGUAAACAUUCAUCUAUGCUACCCAGUACAAUGGCACUUAAAAAUGGGGCACCAAAUGGGAAACUCCAAAUAAGAACCUAUGCACAAGUAACAAUUAUUGGAUAGUAGUUGUUUUGAACUCAUUUUCUAUACAAUUAACACUUGAGGACAGUAGUGUGAAGGAAAACUGCCGUUAAUACAUAAUUACACAUAAAUAUUAACCAUAUUUGUAAUUUGAAAUUUCAAUGAACUAGAACCAUGUAGAAAAAAACCAAGGCACACCCACCCACAACCCAGUUAAACUGCAGUUUUCCUUCGCUACAGCCUAUAGAUUAGGGCAAUUAGAGCUCUUACUAAUUAUCAGUUUUAUAAGAUGCCCCAACACUGCUAAUCUCUGGACUUAUAGUUGGCAUUAACCAGCAGUUGGUUUCUAUGCUGGCAGAGCUUUGAACUUGCACUGUGGUAACAAACAAUCAGCAUUUACCAGGGGUAUUGGGUAGGGAAAGUCCAAAUCUCUGCCAGUCCCAAAUCCAUACAGUUGUCAUUCCAUUCAAGAGAAUUAAAUCGUUUUUAUUGAGUACACAUGAUAAUGGUGAUACACAAGCUUCAUUCCCAUCUGUUAUUUUAUCUGAUACCGUUAUUCAAUUUUGAUAUUGCAUAGGGUGUGCCAACAACCAUUUUAUAACCAAAUUGUGACAUUGCUUGGAUGACCCUUUCAAUGGUGAAACUCAUUAUUAAAAAUUAAAAGUUACAACAGUAACUGGCAGUUUAACAACACCAAGGUUUUUGAAGACAAUGGCUUCUCCACCCAAGCAACCAUAAAUAAAUUCUAAAUGGAACUUGGCACCACCCUGAAGGAAUUCUAACUUCACACUGUUGGGGAAGUUUACCAAGAUGGCUUCAAAGUAGACUAACUUUACACAGCACAUUAAAAAAAAAAAAAAAAAAAAA